UGCAGAUCUGCCGGUGACUGCCGGGGUGGUGGCUUGCUGUGGCUGCUAACCGUUUUUUUCCUUCUUUUUUCUACUGCACAAAGCCUGUUGUACUGUAUAGAUACUAUAAUAACGCCACUAAGCCAGGCUAGGUCAGUCAGGCCUGCUAAAUUUGGAUGGAUGUCCCUUCUUUUCUUUUCCGGGUUUCUUCUUCUGUCCGCUCUGAGCGGUCACCUGGACCUCGGGAGGAUGGAUACGAGAGUCGCAGUGUCGAUCGUGUCCCACCCGCCCGCACCCAACACGAACUUUCCGCACCGCCAGAACACUGCGAGUCCAACGACUCCACACUCGUAAAGUGCCCUGUGCCCCGAACUAACGCGACCGACAUUGGCUUACGGCCGGACUUGCCCAGCCAGACAGACAGCUUACCCCAGCUUCUCGGCAGCGUGAGUGCUGCCCGAUUAGUUGGACGGACAACGUCCACUUCGCUCCCACCCCAGCCCCAUCGUUAGUGGAUGACGGCCGCCAAGGGCUCGUGGUGCCCUUUGACCCGUUCGGUGGAUGAGCGAGACGAGACAUCAUACGUUGCGCUCACACGGUUCCCUUGAGGAAUGUGUACACUACAUAGAAGCUGGGGUCGUGGGUGGAGAGGAGGAGGUGCAGUUGCAUUAUAUAAAGAUGGGCUGCCGCUGCUCGAUAUGUUUGGUUUGGAGGACAUCAUCACCACCAUCUUCAUUAAUAUCUAUCCAUCUCCCUCGCUAGGACACCAAGUUUCUCAACUCUCACUCCAACUCCAAGCCAACCCAAUAACCCACCACCAAACCACCUUCAAAAUGCUCGCCAACAUCCUCAGCAUCUUCACCCUGGCCACCGCCGCCACCGCCGUCACUGUCUCCUACGACACAGGCUACGACGACGCAGGCCGCUCCAUGACGGCCGUCUCGUGCUCCGACGGCGCCAACGGCCUCAUCACGCGCUACGGCUGGCAGACGCAGGGCGCCAUCCCGCGCUUCCCCCACGUCGGCGGCGCCGCCCAGAUCGCCGGCUGGAACUCGGCCCAGUGCGGCACCUGCUGGCAGCUGAGCUACGGCGGCCGCGCCAUCAACGUCCUGGCCAUCGACCACGCCGCCGCCGGCUUCAACAUCGCCCAGGCCGCCAUGAACGAGCUGACCAACGGCCAGGCCGCCGCCCUCGGCCGCGUCGAGGCCACCGCCGUCCAGGUCCCCGUCUCGGACUGUGGCCUGUAGGUGCGGGCUGCGCCGUACGGGAGGAUUAAUGAGUGGUUUUGAUGGGAUGUCACGACGAGGAGGAGGAGGAGAGAAAAGAUGGGAGGAUGGAGAUGGUCCUAUGCAUGAACUGGCGUUUUCGCUCUGUGCUCUCCCCCCUUUGGGAUGAUCUAAUGAUGGUAUAUAUGAUAAUGUUUUGUCACAUAGUAAUGCAUAUUGAAGGCGCGAACUAAGCCUUGGAUUCUGACAACACCGCUGUGCCCUACUUGCUGUGACCAGAGGAAACCAGGUCUUGAUUUCAUCCCGGUCUCGGAAUCUGAUAGCCGAGAGGAAAGACUAAGAUGGUGGUCACGUUGCAGGCAACUCCAACGUCCCUUCGUCAGCACUAACGCAGACGCUCACGUCUUUCACUCGAAGCCAAUGAAAUGCCGUCGAAAUCAUCUCUUCACCAUUUAAGGAUCUGGUAAAUGGCGAGAGCAUCUCGCUUGCUGAGCCCUGCCUCAGAUACACACAGCGUUUCUCCAGGUAACUCUUUUUCCUCUUCUGUCUGAUGUCUUGGCCAUGAGGUCUGAUACAUGGAAAAAUUCCUUAAUAAGAUGUCAUUCUACGGGAGAGUGUCCCAUGAAAGGGAUUCUUGUGCAAACAUGAAUCGUCCUAUAUGAGGGCAUCCCACAGAAAGUUGGGAAAGGGACAUCUUGGCCGCAUAACAGACACCUGAGCAGAGGCCAUGCCAUGCCAUCUCAUCUCAGCCCAGAGCUUAUUCAAGCACGCGCUGCACGAACUCGACGAUAUCGAGGAGCAUGUCGGCAGAAAACUCAUGCCCAACACCCGCAUACGUCUCGAAGCGGACGGGCCCGAUACCAAGGGCAGGAAGGAACCCGGCCGCCUCCUCGCCCUUGGAGACGUCGACCUUUGCGUCGUCCUGACCGUGGCACAAUAUGGCCGGGGUGCCACCACUCCCGCGCACCACAGACCCAGUCCGGCCCCCGGGUACCUCGAUCUCAUCUCGCAGCCACCCCAGGGCUGCAGUUACCGGUGCUCCAGUGUCACUGCUGCCGCCGCCUGGCGACACCGCGUCACAGCCAGGGGAGGCCGACCUGUCAAAGGGGUCAAAGCCCACUUCCUCGCCUCCAAAACUGCUAGCCGUCACCAGACCCAUCUCAUCAUCACCAUCAUCAUCAACCUCACCACCACCCAACAGCCCCCUCAUCUGAAGCACAUAAGGCAACCACCCACACAUCCCAACCACCCCACCC